AUGUUUUGGACAAGACACGCUGAAGCAAGCAUUUUCUUGUUGUUAACGAUUCUUCAUGUCGGACAACAGUAUUCAAGUAACGAUGUGUCUGAAGAAACGAUCAAAGAUGGAUGUGAAGAGUGCAAACUCGAGGUGAACAAACCUUUCACGGUCAUUUCACCAGGGGCUCCUGUCUAUCAGUGCGUGGGCUGCUGCUUUUCGAGAGCUUACCCCACACCCUUGAGGUCCAAGAAAACCAUGUCUGUCCCAAAAAACAUCACAUCAGAAGCCACUUGCUGUGUAGCCAAAGAAUCUAAAAGGAUCGUCGUCGCUAAUAUUCCACUACACAACCACACAGACUGCCACUGCAGCACCUGUCACUUUCAUAAGUCUUAAAAACACACUCUUCACAUUUCUCAAAUGCUCAUUUCCUGUUCUUAAAUCACAGUGGCUCAUUACAUAUGUGUUUUUU